AUGGCUGUCCGCGCUCAAUUUGAGAACUCCAACGAGGUCGGCGUUUUCGCCCGUCUGACCAACUCCUACGCUAUCGUCGCUGUCGGUGCUUCGGAGAACUUCUACAGUGUCUUCGAGUCCGAACUCCAGGACGUAAUCCCCAUCUGCCACGCCACCAUCGCCGGAACCCGCAUCGUCGGCCGUCUAACCGUCGGCAACAAGAACGGCCUCCUAGUCCCCACAACCACAACGGACCAGGAACUCCAGCACCUCCGCAACACGCUCCCGGACGCCGUAAAAAUCCAACGCAUAGAAGAGCGCCUCUCCGCUCUCGGAAAUGUCAUCUGCUGCAAUGACCACGUCGCCAUCGUCCACCCUGACCUGGAGCGCGAGACUGAAGAGAUCAUCGCCGACGUCCUAGGCGUAGAAGUCUUCCGCCAAACAGUCGCCGACAACGUCCUCACAGGCUCAUACAUGGCCCUCUCCAACCAAGGCGGCAUCGUGCACCCCAAGACCUCGAUUCGGGACCAGGACGAGCUGUCCAGUCUGUUGCAGGUGCCCCUUGUGGCGGGUAGUGUGAACCGGGGCUCCCCGGUCGUGGGCGCGGGAAUGGUUGUUAAUGACUGGCUCGCUGUUACGGGAUUGGAUACCACUGCUACAGAGUUGAGUGUUAUUGAGUCUGUUUUCCGUCUUGGUGAGAUGGCACCUGGUGGUGCGGGUGCGGGUCCUAAUAAGGAGAGUAUCGUUGAGAGCUUUUACUAA